AUCGAGAGCGGGACUGUGUGUCGAACUGUACAGCUAUCUAUUUCAACUCGUUCACUCCUUUCCUUUCCCUCCCUUGACUGCUCUCUUCAGUUGCGCGAGAACAUACUCGAAAGUCGAAAAAUGGAGUAGUAAGCCCUACCUGCUUGGCUUUAUAGCAACCUCCUGAUUGACAUUUGAGGAUUGUCAAUGGCACAUUCAAUGAGUUUGAUCUCAACAAGCCCUCUCCAAUCUGGAUUCAAUAAAGUUUCUCGCACGAAAUAUGGAGUCUCUGUUUUGAAAACCCCACCUGGUUUGUCAAGAAUCCGGGCUACACAAGAUAAUGUAGGCCCUCGAAGACUAGUUGAUAUUAUUAGAAUUGUACCAGAGCUUUCAAGGAACUACUUUCGAAGUCCCUCUCGGAGGGCACUGUUUGGAGGAAUAUCCUUGUUGGGUGGAUUUUACGUGGCUCAGACAAUUUCAUUGUCAUUUGGAGCUUUAGGAGUUAACGAUGUGAUUGCUGCAGUGGUAUGUGUCCUCCUGACAGAAUAUGCCACAAAAUUCUAUUAUAGCAGGCCAAGGGUAACUUUUCCUCUUGCUCUUCUCAAUAAUUUCAAGAUGGGUUUCACGUAUGGGCUCUUCAUUGAUGCUUUUAAGCUUGCAAGUUAGGUAUGCCUUGAAAAUCACCCACGGACUUGGCCCCGCUUAGCCAGCAUGCAUUUGUUGAGAGUACUACCAAGUUGUGGCUUCUUUGUAUAGUUUGGGUCCGUAAUUUUUAGUUUCAUGUUUUUUUCUUUCAUACUGCAUUUUGACGCUGUGAUUCCUCAAUCCACUCUUAUCACUUCCUUAAUUUAAAUUCCUGAUGUUUUGAUGGAUCC